GAAUUGCCUUGCGCUUUCCGUCGAGGUGACUUGAAGUCGGUUCCCUUUAAAAACCCAACUUCUUCCGCAUAUUCGUUCACCUUCCUGACCACGCAAAACCCAUAUUCUUCUUCUUCAUUUAUAUCUGCACAUAUCUUCAAAUUCUUUUGAAUUUCAAUACAUAUUUUUUGAAAUUGAAACACAACAACACUUGAUCUGAAGGUGUGUUCCUCGGUGAGAUUCGAUUCUGCUGAAAUCGUCGGAUUCGGAGCUAGAUAUCUACUAGAAAUUUUCUUUUCCUUUUUUUUGUGAUAGGUUUGAUUGAAUUAUGGUGAAAUCGGUGGAGAAUGGGACGUCGCUGCCGCCAUUCUUGGUUAAAUGCUACGAGAUGGUGAGCGAUGAGUCAACGGACGCGUUGAUUUCAUGGAGCGACUCCAAUGACAGCUUUAUUAUAUGGGAUGAGUCCAAAUUUUCUUCCCAGCUACUGCCCAAGUAUUUCAAGCACAGUAAUUUCUCCAGCUUCGUCCGUCAGCUCAAUAUCUAUGGUUUCAGGAAAAUCGACACUGACAACUGGCAAUUCGCUAAUGAGGCCUUCUUAAAAGGGCAGAAGCAUUUGCUGAAGAACAUUGUUCGAAGAAAGCCUAGUCACAAUCUGGUGCAGAGCAAAUCUUCACAACAGAAAGACCCAGAGCCUGCACUACAUCCUGAAGAGGACAAGAGACUGGCCCUGUGGAAAGAAGUCCAGAGUCUCAAAAGUGAUAGAAAUGCUUUAACGCAGGAGUUGACAAACGUAAGACUGCACCAGCAGACUUCACGGAGUAAAAUGCUACUUUUGGCCGAACAAUUGAAAGGUAUGGAGAAAAACCAGCAGCAGAUGCUUUCUUUCAUUGUCAUGGCUAUGCAAAGCCCCGAAAUCAUGGCUCAGUUUUUCCAGCCGAAAGAGAACAGUUGGCGUAUGGCUGAAGCUGGAAAAACUAAACUGAGUGAAGUCAUGGACGAUGAUUGUGAACCAACUCCGUUCGAUGGAACGAUAGUCAAGUAUCAGCCACCUAAAGAUGGACCUGCAACGCCUGACUGCACGACAGAUGCCUUUGAUUACGAAAAAUUUAUGGAAAUAGAUUUCUCUUCCGAUGAAAUGAGAGAUAUUCUGAUGGAUACCGACUUUUUGUUAGGCCCGGAUCCAGUGGAUGAGAAGCUACUACCUCUUGAAAACCACAGCCAAUUAAUUCUUCCAGAUGCACCUGAAAACGACACAGUUAUGGACCAGAUGUUUUUGCCUUAUUCAUUGACAGAAAACAAAGUUCCUGUUGGGUCUGGAGGUGAGGGUUGUACCAACUCUGGGCUCCAGUUUGGAUUGGCAUUCCAGCCCGAUGAAUCUGAGAACUCAGAUGGCUCAGCUGAUGAUAUCAAUGAAUACCAGAAUGAGAUGACUGAAGCUACAAAGUUGCAAAGCUCUGAAAAAGUAGAAGUUUUAACUAGACAAAUGGGGUCCCUAACUUCUGAAAUGAGCUGAAAUCAAAAUACCUUCAAAUUCUUCCUGUAUGCAAUUGCAUUAGUGUUUAGGCUUGUGGAAAUUGGUUUUGCUCAAGAGUAUGGGAACUAAGAAUCCCCCUUUUUCUUGCCUCAACUGAAUGAUGCACUAUUGCAUAGCAAUGAGGUCUGACAGGUAUUCAUAAGUUGUUUUUUGGAAUAACAAACAUCUAUUCUUUUAUUUUUCUGAUGGUUCCCGAUAGCAAAUAGCAAGAAUGUUACAAUAUUCUUUAUAAUUUAUUCACUAUCAAAGUAUCAAUGUUUCCUACUUGAA